AUCCUCUAUUUAUAGUAGCCCCGUCCCCUUCCUCUUCAAUUCCAUCUCAUUCUUUUAAUUUGCGAGUGGAGUGGAGUUUUUAUCGAUUAGACGACAGACAUCAUAAUAAGAUCGAAUGGCAGCCAAUGAUGUGCCAUGUUGUGAAACAAUGUUCUGGGUAUACCUAGUCAUCUGUGUAGCUCUGGUCGCUUUUGCUGGCCUUAUGUCCGGUCUCACUCUUGGCCUUAUGUCCCUUAGCUUAGUUGAUCUUGAAGUGCUCAUCAAGGCCGGUGAGCCUGCAGAUCGCAAAAAUGCUGAGAAGAUUCUUCCCAUUGUCAAGAAUCAGCACUUGCUCCUCUGCACCCUUCUCAUAUGUAAUGCCCUUGCAAUGGAGGCCCUGCCCAUAUUUAUUGAUGCUCUUCUGCCUGCAUGGGGUGCUAUACUAAUUUCAGUAACUCUCAUUCUUGCCUUCGGCGAGAUUAUUCCCCAAGCAAUUUGUUCGCGGUAUGGAUUGAGCAUCGGUGCAAGGCUUUCGCCAUUAGUUCGCCUACUUCUCAUUGUCGUUUUCCCUAUAUCCUACCCAAUUAGUAAGUUGCUGGAUUUCCUGCUGGGAAAGGGGCAUUCUGCUCUGUUACGCCGUGCAGAGCUGAAGACAUUGGUGAAUUUGCAUGGAAAUGAGGCUGGUAAAGGUGGAGAGUUAACCCAUGAUGAAACGACGAUCAUCGCAGGAGCCUUAGAUCUGACACAGAAAACAGCAAAAGAUGCCAUGACACCUUUGUCCAGAGUAUUUUCGCUUGAUCUCUACUCUAAGCUCAACGAUGAGACCAUGUCCCUGAUACUAAAUCGAGGCCAUAGCCGCGUGCCUAUAUACUCUGCCACUCCAACCAAUAUCCUGGGCUUAAUAUUGGUAAAAAAUUUAAUCAAAUGUCGCCCGGAAGAUGAAACGCCAAUCAGUCAUCUUAGCAUACGGAGUAUACCUAGGAUUAGGGAGAAUUUGCCGUUAUACGACAUUUUGAACCAAUUCCAGAAAGGAGACAGCCACAUGGCUGUGGUUGUGAAGAGUAAUGGUGCAGAAAACGCAGCACCCAAAUCUGAUAUGCUUAAGAUAAAUGUUCAUUCAAUGCAAGAACGAGGUUUUGAAAGAGCGCGUAAUGAGAAGAUUGUGAUGAGUGAGAUAUUGGGAAAUUCUUUGAACUCGUCAGAUGAUGUUCUUGGCAUCAUCACCAUGGAAGAUGUGUUGGAAGAACUUCUCCAGGAACCCAUACUUGAUGAAACUGAUGAAUACGUUGAUGUUCACAACAGAAUUAAAAUCAAUUUACUUCCAUCCAUGAAACGUAGUUCACCAAGAAGGUCUCCCGGAGCUUCUCCCCGCCGUCAAACUCCCACAUUGCGCUCGCCGAUUUCGCCAUAUGUGCAGUCGCCGUUAGCUAUGCCGCCCCUUUCUUCCUCCCCAGCUCGAUGCUUCACCGCAAUUUCCCCACCACACCAUUCUACCACCUCUACUCCCUCCCCUCAGUGCAGGUGUCUAAGAAAGUCAUACGAGAGGCUAGAAAAGCCGGGUGAUUAGUACUUUUCUUGCGUGUCUCAUGAAGAUCAAAGGACUUGAAUACUUGAUCGAGUUUUAAGAAAUUUCAUGUCAUCAUAUAACUUGUGAAAUCAAAAAGGUUUAAUUUCACUUAUGUUUAGGGGUUAUUAUUAACGUGAUGCUCCUCCGUGAUUAUUUAAUAUACACUUUCGUCCCUGGCCUGUUAACCUAUAAAAUGACUA